UUUCAAAAGCCUCCGCUUCUGAGAAAUGCGUCCGUGGCCCGGGCUUGUAGUUGACCCUGGCACGGAUUUCAGACAGAUUGGCAUUCCCAAUCCACCUUUGUUUGGCUACCAUAUCCCUCACCUGCCAGCCUAUUCUUCUUUACUGCUACGUCUUUCCUUUCUCUCUCUGAGUAUUUCUACUCCACCCGCUGCCACCCGCGAUCAGAUUCCUAGAAGGCGUUGCCCCACCAAUUGCCGAGCACAUCCGCACAGCCAUAACACUCACACCCAUCGGCACAUAGCAUCCGGCAUUCUCUUCAAGACCUCAUCACAUUCGGCAGCCAGUGUGUUGCGACAAGCAUAGGAACCUCACAUACAAGAAUGGUCGCUCAACGGCUCGAAUCGCUUCUUCGAGCUCUAGCCGUAGCGUAGAGGCGCUACCUGCUUGCAGGGGCCCAUAUCGCCCAUCUCCUCCCAGCGUCAGGUCAGCCUCGCCCAAGUACUUCCCUGCUUUGCAAUGGUCGGCACUGCUACAUCUCGGCCCAACAGGGGCUUCGUGGGAGGAUGGUUGUCCAUGGCUCCCGAGAGUGAGAACGCAGCCUCGCCAACAGCUUCCUCUUCCAGGCUAGACCUCGUCGCCUCUCCACCCACAGCUUCAAGCACCCAUGCUUCAAUAUCUUCACCUCGCCGCGGAGGUGGCUCAUCUUCAAGCACUCAUCCAAGGAGAGCUACCUUUCAGCUGGGAGCGGUCGACGAUACAUCGACUAUUCCCACACCUGUCACUCCUGCCUCGAGGAGCUCCUCGGCAUCGAUGAUGUCUCCGGUCUUCGAUGUCCGAGCAAGCUUCCUCCCAAUGACGUUUAACAAGAAGCCGACCACCAACAUCCAGAGCGAGAAUACAGUGGACCUUCCUUCGAAACCAUCGAAUGCCCUUCCUACUUCCGAUGGCGGCCACAAGCUAGAGUCCGAGGACUUCAAGGGCUCAAUGCUACAUAAUAUCGAAGACGACGGCAAAGGUCUGGAAUUCGCUGGGCGGCGGUGGAAGGGCAAGACUGCCCAUGCCGUCGAGCAAGAGCUAGAACAGGUGGGAGAUACGACGAUUAUGAGCUACGCUCCAGAUGCAGUCUAUCUCGCUAGCAGACUAGAGGGGCUCAGGAGAAAUCUUGAGGCCGGCGGUGAGGAGGCGAGGGGGAGACGGUGGCUUCCGACUCAGGAAGAGGACGAUCUCGCUGAGCUCGCAGCGUCAGAGGUCGAUGAAGCGCCCGUGCCGCUUGCUGUCGAAGAGGCUGAUUGCCAGAGAUCUCCGAAGAUCUCCCCGCCUGCUAAGCUUUCUCCGCCUCGGCUUCUGCUAUCGGACGACACUAGCGCACCGACUCUCGAGGCGCCAUCUGCAAAGCCUACGGUCCGCGAAGACCGCCUGCCAGCCACACUUCCACCUCAUAUCACGGACCUCAUCCAGCCGCCGCCUCUCAUUGUACAUGACGCUCCGGCAGACCUUACACCGGCAGCCAAAGCCGCUGCUCUAGACUCUCGAGUAGAGAUCCGCCUACUUAGGAGAUCAGAUCUGGAACAAGUCAGAGAGCUGCAUUGUCUGCAUGGAGACAACGACAAAGUCGACACUGAGCAUUACGCGACCUCGGCCGCAUUUUUGCUGCGACUCUUGGUCGAUGAGACCCACGUCUGCCUCGUUGCAGUGGCCAAGCCGCUGCCAGCACCGGAUGAGCCUUUCGACCGGAAGCACCACUUCCAACAGAAACAUCUGUGGCCCGCCCCUCCUCCACCCAGUAUGGACAUGCCAGCUAGCUCAGUCGCCUAUGUGUUGGCGGGACAGGGUCUCAGCUCCAAUUCGCCGCUCCUCCGCCCCAUCGAUGCUUUGGCUGCCAAGCGUAACCAAACACGGUCUCCUCGCGCCCCGGCAAGCAGCUUAGGUCGGCACUCUCCUAUACUCGGCGCCACCGUAGAGGAGCGCGAGGGAAGCGACAGUGACGCAGACUCCACCAGGGCGGAAUUGGACGAGGAUGACGAAGACGAGGAUAGCUUCUCGGUUGAGAGACUGAGCUCACCUGAAGCCUCUAAUGGGCAGUCUCCAGAUUCUUCACUGCCAGAGCCUUCUCCGGCAAAGGCAGCGGGUGCAAGCUACAGAGUGCCAUUGUUGCCUCCUCUGACUCCAAUCGCUGGUAACAGCCCACCUGCGGGAGACAAUGCGCAAGGCGAGCCUCAAUCUUUGAGUGGCAGCUAUUCGUCUUCGAACUCUCUUGGAAGUAUGGCGCUCAAGAGAGCAUACGAGACAGCGCCAGCUGCGACGACAAAGGCACGGCGGGCGCGAAGCUCGGUCGGAGAGGACGUCUCGCCGCCAGCCAGCACGGAGACUUCACCUUCUCAGUCUCACCUGGCUCCAGGACACAACCUAGUGCUGACAGGUCCUACGAAUGAAGUCGCCCCGCCUCGUGCUCUUCGAGUCAUGGUUCCCCCCGCUCCGGGUGCUUCAGUCGAGAAUGAAGUCAUUCUCGGUGUCGCCUCAGCCGCCAUCUCGAUCAAGCCAGCGACAGAGUCUCUUUGGGGGAAUGCGGACGCCUCUUCCUCUCGAGCGGUGAAAGAGGUACACGUUUUGACCCUCUCUGUAGCCCGAGCUGAGCGGGGCUUGGGUCUGGGAGGAAGACUGCUGGAUCGACUGAUGGACGAGGCCCUGAGGCGCAACAUCUCCUCGGCCUAUCGCGCAUCCAUGGGUAGGCGUAUCGCUCCUGGCUCACCCAACCCAUCGCGAAUCUACCUGGAGGUGCAUCCAGACAGCAAGCAUGCUCUGGCGCUGUAUAAGGGUAGAGGAUUUGAUGCCAAGCGCCGCCUACCUGGCUACUUUAGAGGAGACGCAAGGAUACCUACAAAUGUGCGGAGCUUGCCGGGAGGAAGCGAUGCGGUGCUCAUGGAGAAGUGGGAUAAUGGCGAGCCGGCUUGAGAGCUGGGGAAAGCUUGCUGUCUGCCGAUUCGUGUGCAAUGUACUCCAUGUUCCGUUUGUUUCUCAAUUUUCUCAGCCAUGCUUUGAACAUGAACAAUUACUAGAUAUCACAGUUGCAAUACCACUCUGUCUGCUGUCCAAGAAACUUCAGGAAGG